AGGUAUAGGAUCGGAAAAUCACAAUUCUUGUUGGAAAUCAAAAUUUGACGCUAGGAAGAAAAACAUUAUUGAAAGAAAUUUGCUAACGUGAUAUUCUAGAUACUAAUUGCAACCAUUUUCACAUUAAAAGAUUCUGCAGUUAUAGAUACCAGAUAAAUCACUUCCCUGCAGUGAUAGUAUCUGCCAGAGAGGAGUAAUUGGAUUCAGCACUUGUUUUAUUCAAAACAGUUGCUACGCGGCGAUAUAUUACUCGUGCAAUAUGUAGUGUCGCAUUCUACGUGCAAUUUAGGAUAGUUCUUUCUAAGGAAUUUAAAGUGUUAAAGAAAGAUCAUGUAGUGCUUCUGUUAUUUAUAUAACGACGUUCGUGCAAAGGAUAACAUAUAUUUGAGAUAAAUUUUACAUCGGAAAUAUCAUAGUAUGAACCAAGAUCAAAUCAUUGCUUUAUCCGACGAAACAAUCGCAGAAUUCAGAGAAGCGUUUUCCCUUUUUGAUAAGGACGGAGAUGGUACGAUUACAACAAGUGAGCUUGGCACCGUUAUGCGAUCUCUGGGUCAAAACCCUACUGAGGCUGAACUUCAGGACAUGAUCAAUGAAGUGGAUGCCGAUGGAAACGGUACUAUAGAUUUCGAGGAGUUUCUGUUGAUGAUGGCGCGGAAGAUGAAGGAUACUGACAGCGAGGAAGAGUUGAGAGAGGCUUUCAGAGUGUUUGAUAAAGAUGGAAAUGGUUACAUAUCAGCAGCCGAAUUACGUCACGUGAUGACAAAUCUAGGUGAAAAACUUACUGACGAAGAAGUCGAUGAAAUGAUCAAAGAAGCCGAUCUGGACGGAGACGGAAUGGUAAACUAUGAAGAUUUUAUGGUCUAUACGAGUAAAUUGUUAACUGCUAACAGGGAACAGACGGAGGUGGUCUGAAAUCUUUUUGCACGUAAAAUAAAUUUGUUACCAUGAUGACAGCAAAGUGACAACAGAAGCAACAACAUUGUUUGUAGACAACAUUUUCUUUUAUGUAUUUUUACGGUUUUUGUUUCAUAAAACGUUAUACAUGCACAAUAAUUGGGUGUUGAGUAUUAUCAAUGUUUAUUAAUUGAUAUGUUGUCAGUCUAAAUUAUGCCUUUGUCAGCAGUUACCAACCAAAACAGUUUAUUAUUCAGUUUUAAUUUUGUUUUGUUAGCUAUGACUUUGUAAAUAUGAAACUAAAUGUAUUCGAUAUUGUUAAUGAUCAUGUAAAUAUAUGGCGUCAAUCUAUAAUUUUAUCAAAUAAUUGUUAGCGCAGUGAUGGAAAUAAGUUCACGUCUCUUACUUGGGGUUCUAUCUAAUAAGUACAUGUAAUGUCACUAGACUGUUAGAAUUAUUUAUCGUUGGUCGAUAAUGCACCAAUAUAAUAGUUUUAGCACAUUUAAAAUCAAUGGAUGUCAGUUUUUGUAUGAUAUUCACAUCUUAAAGACAAUAUGAACACUUUUUUCCGGUUUUAAUUUAUAAAAUAUGCCUUGCCAUACAUCUUAUUUGAAAUACACAUAACACGAGCUAAUGAAAUGAGUUUUUAGUUUUAUUUUUAUACCGCGAAGCGUUUUUAAGUGCUAAUUGUUGGUGCUAUGGCGUCUUUUUACAAACGAGCCUUAAGGAAAUUAUGUUGCAGUCAUGAUACACACAUUGUUUUGUGUCGAUCACAUUUAAAAUUCUACUUUAUCCUUAUAGGCAUACACAUAUACAGAUACGUACAAUUUCUUAAUGUGAUUUAAAUGAUUACUGUUUGAAGUAAGAAAAUAUCGUGACAUAGCUGAUUGCUGUCGUUUACAACUUGUAUAUCUCUGUAUAUGGUUGCUAUCUGUGAACAUGCCUCUUUUUUUAAUUUUAUAUUGCAAUUGAUCUUGUAAUAAAGCUUCAACAGGU